CACACACACACAUAAACACAACAGUGGUGGAGUACUGUACUUCAUCUCCUGCUAAAAUCUUCCAGGCGAAAGAGGAGUGGUCUAUCAGCCAUGACAGGGGGAGUAAUCUCGGCCUUCGCCUUCCUCUUAAUGGUUCACGUGGCAUCGGCCUGCCCCAAAGAGUGCACGUGCGAUGCCCACGCCAAGUCGGUGGACUGUCGGGGCCGUGGCCUGUACGAUGUGCCACGCCACUUGCAACCUGACACGCUGGAGCUACACCUGCAGGACAACCGCAUCCGGGGCCUGGGCUCCAUGGCCUUCCGCGAGGUCCCACAGCUCAGGGUACUGGACGUCUCCAACAACUCUAUCACCUCCGUGUCCCCCAGCGCCCUGCUGGGUCUCCGGAGCCUACGCAGCCUCAGCCUGGCCCACAAUGCCAUUCGUGAGCUGGACCGGAGACUACUGGGCUCCGUGCGCAACCUGACACUGCUGGACCUGUCGCAUAACGCCAUCACAGGGCUUCCCGGAGCGCUGGCUGACAGCAUGCAUCCGCUGCGGAAGCUGGCGCUGGGCUACAACCGGCUGUCGAAGCUCGACCGCAGUCACCUGGAAGCGCUGGAGAGCUUGGAGGAGCUGGAGCUGAGGGGGAACCCCUGGCGGUGCGACUGCCACAUGAUCGCACUCAAGCUCUGGCUGGAGUCCUUCAUGUUCAGGGGUGGCAUGGUGGACGAGGUGAUAUGCACGCAGCCCGACGGCAUGAAAGACAAGGAGCUGCAGCGGGUCCCCUACGAGCUCUUCCACUCCUGCAUGGCCACCAGCUACCACUACCUAUUUGCCAACCUGCGCCACCUGGAGUCUGAGCACCGGCAUCGGGGGCCGGCAGGAGACCACGCGCACCUGCCCGACCUGGCAACCGGAGGAGGAGGAGGAGCAGGAGGCUCCCUACCGGAGUGCGAGCCCAAGCAGCGUCCGCGACCAGUCAACCUGCGGCACGCCAUCGCUACGGUGGUGAUCACGGGGGUGGUGUGCGGCAUCGUGCUGCUGAUGAUGCUGGCGGCGGCCGUGUACGGGUGCGCCUACGCCGCCAUCAUGGCGCACUACCAGCGGGAUCUGAAGAAGGCGGAGCAGAGGGCGGCCGCGGCAGCAGUGAAGUUGCCCUGCGAGAAGGAGAAGGAGGCGACGGGCACGGCGGACGAGAAGGAGCCGCUGGAGAAUACUAUUGCGUGAUGGAUGAACGGACUUGUUGGGCACACUCGUGUGGGUACUGGGCACACGUGUGUCUGUGUGUGCAUUGGGCACAUGGGUGUGCAUUUGACACGUGUGUGCAUAGGUGCCACUGGAUUAUACCGGGAUCUUCCGAUGUUUCAGCAGUCUGUCCUCUGUGCAGGUGACAUGUUGACACAAACAAGCGUGAGAGCUGUUGCCAUCACCUGCAACCAAUGCUAACUCACACAAUACUGACAAGCAUUCGCACACAUGCACACUCACAUGCACACACCUAUCUAAACAAAUGCUAAGACUUGACCAAAGCAAUAUGCACACAUAGGCAAGCACACACAUUUAUCAAUGCUCUCCCUUGAUUCUUCGGGUAAAUAUAUUUAAAAUGCUAAAACACUCAUCAUAUGACAACCAAACAACAAAGACAAACAUUGCACAAAAAAAACAUUUCACAUAUGCAACAACUUGAAACUUCCAGAUACUAGCACACAAGCAGAAACACAUUUUCAUAAUCCAAACACACACGGCCGCACACAUGCACGCACAUGCGUGCACACACAGACACACACACACACACAGACACACACACAGACACACAC